AUGCAGAUGGCAAAUACACCCCUUCAUGUUGCUGCUGGUCAUAACAGUGUUGAAGUAGUUAAGUUCCUCUUGAACAUGGCAGGACCUGAAACAGUUGAGUUGGAAGCAAAAAACAUGUAUGGAGAAACACCAUUACACAUGGCUGCUAAAAACGGUUGCAAUGAAGCUGCAGGACUUCUUCUUUCUCAUGGAGCUUCUACCGAAGCUAAAGCAAAUAAUGGAAUGACUCCAUUGCACCUUUCUGUUUGGCACUCACUCAGAGCAGAGGACAGCUCAACUGUGAAGACAUUGCUUGAACAUAACGCUGACUGCAGUGCCAAAGAUAAUGAAGGUAUGACUCCUUUGAAUCAUUUGUCACAAGGACCAGGAAACGAGAAGCUACAAGCACUUCUGAAAUCUUACCUUGAAGAACAAAGAAAACGAAGAGCUGUUGAAGCAUGCAGUCAAACAAAAGCAAAAAUGGAUGAACUUGAAAAUGAAUUAUCAAAUUUAGUGGGGCUUCAUGAGCUUAAAUUACAACUUAGAAAAUGGGCUAAAGGGAUGCUUUUAGAUGAAAGGCGAAGAGCCCUUGGUUUAAAAGUUGGGACCCGUAGACCACCUCAUAUGGCCUUCCUUGGUAAUCCAGGAACAGGUAAAACUAUGGUAGCUCGGAUUCUUGGAAAGUUACUUUUUAUGGUUGGGAUUUUACCAACGGAUAAGGUGACAGAGGUGCAAAGAACAGAUUUGGUUGGUGAAUUUGUUGGUCAUACCGGACCUAAGACAAGGAGAGUGAUAAAGGAAGCGGAAGGCGGGAUCUUGUUUGUGGAUGAAGCAUACCGAUUAAUCCCCAUGCAAAAAUCAGACGAUAAAGACUACGGAUUAGAAGCCCUUGAAGAAAUCAUGUCAGUUAUGGACACUGGCAAAGUAGUAGUCAUCUUUGCAGGAUACAGUGAGCCAAUGAAGCGUGUAAUUUCUUCAAACGAAGGUUUUUGUAGACGUGUGACAAAAUUCUUCACUUUUGAUGACUUUACAACCCAAGAUUUAGCCAAUAUUGUUCAUCUAAAAAUGAAAAACAACAAUCAAACGGAAGGAAGCAUAUUAUAUGGAUUCAAGUUGCAUCCUUCAUGUACAGUUAAAACUUUAGCAAAUCUAAUAGAGACUGAAACAAGUGAGAAACAAAGAAAGGAGAUGAAUGGAGGUUUGGUGGAUCCUUUGUUGGUUAAUGCUCGUGAAAAUCUUGAUUUGAGGCUUAGUUUUGACUGUAUGGAUACAGACGAGUUGUUGACUAUCACUUUAGAGGAUUUACAAGGUGGGCUUAGGUUGUUUUCGCGAUGAAUGAAAGGUGUUGUGUUGUUGGGGGUAUUUUGGUACUUUUUCGAUCUUUAUGAUUGAAUAAUUGGUUAUGGUUUUAUAUUAUAUGUAGAAAGGGGUAGGAGAUGGAGUUGAGAAGAUGGAAUUUUGGAUUGGGGUAAGAAUUUGGUUGUAAUUUUUUUUUGUUUGUGUAAAAUUUAUAUUGGAUUGAUAAAUUGGUGGAUGC